CUAUUCAAGCGUAACUGAAAUCCAAUCAAAAAGUAAAAAACUCAAGCACUUAUAUUACAAAUUCAGGUGUUAUAGUUAGCUUAGUUUCAGGUGUUAUAAACCUAGAUAUCUUUCAUUAAGCUGAUUAAGCAACUUUUUUUCCCAUAUAUUUUUCUACUCUUGUUCUGUUGGCACUAUUGUUUUAUCUUUUUGUAACCUAAACAAAGAAACCAUUUAAGAAAGCAUUCUCAUCUCUUAACCAGUACAGGAAAGAGAGAGAACAAAAAUGGGAAGAGGGAGAGUUGAACUAAAGAGGAUAGAGAACAAAAUUAACAGACAAGUCACUUUUGCUAAGAGAAGAAAUGGUGUUCUCAAGAAAGCUUAUGAGCUUUCAGUCCUUUGUGAUGCUGAAGUUGCUCUCAUCAUCUUCUCUAACCGUGGCAAACUCUAUGAGUUCAGCAGUACCUCCUGCAUGAUGAAAACUUUGGAGAAGUACCACAAGUACAGUUACAGUGCACUAGAGACCAAUCAACAAGCCAAUGAUGCUCAGAAUUACCAGGAAUAUGUGAGAUUAAAAGCCAAUGUAGAAAUCUUACAACGUUCACAAAGGAACCUUCUUGGAGAAGAUAUUGCACAAAUGAAUACAAAUGAACUCCAGCAGAUUGAGAAUCAAUUAGAGACAGCACUUAAGAGUAUAAGAUCAAAAAAGACUCAAUUCAUGCUUGAUCAACUAGCUGAUCUUCACAACCGGGAAACAGUGCUUGUUGAAACUAAUCAUGCACUAAGAAGUAAGUUGGAAGAAAGUAAUGAGUCUAAUAUCCAUUACGUUCACCAUCCUCAAUCAGAAGGAUUUUUUCACGGAGUGAAUUCCAACUUGCAAAUUGGAUACAAUAUGGUGGGUUCUUCUGAUGAUGUAAACGUUGGAGCUUCCUCCUUAAGUAUGAAUGGAUACGCCACUGGCUGGAUGCUUUGAUGACACAUUGAAUUAUGGUACCAUAAAGUAAAGAUUAAUUUAAAGGAUAUGGUAACGAAUAUUUCUAGCAUUAUUUAUCAAAGUUUACAUAAAGAAAAAGAAAAUGAUUGAUUGUGCCAAAAACAAAAAGAAAAAUGCUUUGUUUAAUCAUUAUUAAUUAAUGCUUAUGUAAAUAAAAAUGGCGACUUGUUUGUCAUGAAAACUUGUGAACCAACAACGUUGCAUAAUGAUAUUCGUAUAUUGAUCAAAUUAUUCUAAACGUGUAAGCUUUUAUUUAUUCA